UUGGAUUGUAGGAUUGCUGGUACCGCAGGGGCUGUGGUUACAUGCCCUCUAGAAGUAGUGAAGACAAGACUGCAAUCCUCGAAGGGAGUCGGCAUUCCACCGACACCACCAUCGGGAGCCUCUAACUCAAAACGAGUUUGUUCUAAGAUUCCCAAACAUCAGGAGGCUAAAUGGGGCUACAGACGUACGAUGGGCGCUAUGUUCGCCUACACCAGGCAAGCAGAUCGAAUGCUGAUGUCCUACAAUUGUCAGGUGCAGCAGUACGCGAGGGCUGGCCACGCGAGGACAACCUCCAGGAUGACCCUUAUACAGUGUCUGAGGCAUAUAGUACAGAAUGAAGGCGCUCGGGCGCUUUUUAAAGGUCUUGGUCCAAAUAUAGUCGGCGUGGCGCCAUCAAGAGCUAUUUACUUCUGCACAUAUUCGCAGGCGAAAGCCAUCUUCAAUCAGCACCUGCCGCCCGACACACCAAUAGUGCAUCUAUCGGCAGCCAGUGCAGCAGGUUUUGUAUCCUGUACCAUGACUAACCCCAUCUGGUUCGUGAAGACGCGCUUGCAGCUCGAUGGGCAGUCGGUAACGGCGUGGCAGUGCAUCAAGAAAAUAUACGACAAAACGGGUGUUCGAGGUUUCUACAAGGGUAUAACAGCGUCGUACAUGGGUAUAAGUGAGACAGUGGUGCACUUCGUAUUGUAUGAAGGUGUGAAAGCCCGUCUGAUAGCGGCUCGGGCCCCCGAAGGCCUCCCUUCAGACACACGCUCACCCAGAGACUUCCUCGAGUUCAUGGCGGCGGGGGCCUUCUCGAAAACUGUAGCAUCCUGUAUAGCGUAUCCACACGAGGUGGCGAGGACUCGUCUCCGUGAGGAAGGUGACAAGUAUAGGAAGUUCUGGCAGACGCUGCAUACUGUGUGGCUUGAAGAAGGUUAUAGAGGAGUAUACAGAGGCCUCGGAACACAGUUGGUCAGACAAAUCCCGAACACAGCUAUCAUGAUGUCAACAUAUGAAGCGGUCGUGUACUUACUGACUACACACUUCAAUAGUUCCUUCUACGAGAACACUUAG